AUGUCCCCUUACCAACUGGUUUAUGGCAAUGCAUGUCAUUUACCAGUGGAACUGGAACACAGGGCCUAUUGGGCGACCAGAUUCCUCAACUUAGAUGCCAAGGCAAUAGGAGAAAAGAGGUUGCUCCAGUUGAAUCAGUUGGAUGAAUUCCAACAAGCUGCAUUUGAGAAUGCUAAAAUUUACAAGGAGAGGGCCAAGAAAUGGCAUGAUAGGAAGAUAUCUUCCAGAGUCUUUGAGCAUGGCCAGAAGGUCUUGCUCUUCAACUCCAAACUCAAGCUCUUCAUAGGGAAGCUCAAGUCACGAUGGACGGGACCUUAUGUGAUCACUGACGUGUCACCUUAUGGUCGUAUUGAGCUCCAAAACAGACACUCUGACGAAAGAUUCACGUUAAUGGACAGAAAGUCAAGCAUUACCUGGGGGAUGACAUUGAGCAAGACACCUCUACACUACUACUUACAUGACAGCAGUUUUCUAACGUUUGUGAUCAUGUGUAGCCAUUACAACAGAAAUAGAAAUGGGUAG